GGCCGGCGUGGCCGGCGGUGGCUGCGCUCUGGGUUCGCCCCGUUUGCUGAGAGGCGCUGCUUCGCUGCUUCGCUGCUUCUGGUUGUCAACCUGAUGCUGAAUUUCGAACCUGCGAGAUGCCUUCUUAAAUUAACAUCCGAGAUAAGCUGAGAUUGGAGCAAAGUAAAAGCCAAAGUUCACUUUGAGAAGUUGGAAUUUCUUAUGGCCCACAGUGAUGUAUUACAUGAAGGGAAAAAACUGAAGAAGAAAAUGGGUAAAUCUGGAGAGAAAAUCCCGCUUGACACUGUUAGGAGCAAUCUCCAGAAAGCUAAAGAAAAUACAAGUGAUGAUGUAAGUGCUAUUAAUACUAAUAACCCAAAGAGUUUGCGAGUUACUAAAAGCAAUCGAAGAAACCCACCAUCGGCAACUAAAAAGCCAGAUGAUGUUAGUGAAGAGGAUGACCACCAAGAAAAGAUAAAUAAAAAGGUUAUCAAAAUGGAAUGGGAGACUCCUGAGAAGAAUGUAGAUUCCAGACACAAGAAACCCCAGAAAAAGUCACAGCCAGCUGUCACUGAACAAAAAAGUGAGAAGACAAACAAAGAAAGUGGAAAUAAUGGAGGUGAGGAAGAACUGAUGCACAUAUACCAACUCCAAGUGGCUGAAGAAAUGGCAAAGGAGAUUAAGAAAAAAAUAAGAAAAAAACUUAAAGAACAGUUGACAUAUUUUCCUUCAGAUGCCUUAUUGCAUGAUGACAAAUUGAGCAAUGAAAAAAGAAAAAAGAAAAAAAAGAAAGUCCCAGUCAUAUCUGAAACUGAAUCAAGUACAGCGACCAUAUUUAAUGACACAGUUGAAGAUGAACAAAAGAAGCAAUCUCCUGUUGGAGUAGUUAUUUCAGAGUCUCAUCAAGAUGCCGAAGUGAAUUCAGUGGAACAAAACUUAGAAGACAAUGUGCAAAAUGAUGUAAAAUUGAAACCACAAAAAAAGAAAAAGAAGGCAAAAGCAGUUUCAAAUGACAAUGAAGGCAUUGAUGGUGAUGGUGUGCAUGAAAUAACAAGUCCAGAGAGUCAAAUUUAUCCAAAAUCUUUGCUUGAUGAUGAUCUUGUCCUGGGAGUUUAUAUUCACCGAACGGAUCGACUUAAGUCAGAUUGUUUGAUUUCUCACCCAAUGGUAAAAAUCCAUGUGGUUGAUGAAACUACUGGUCAGUAUGUCAAGAAAGAUAAUAGUGAACGGCCUGUUUCAUCUUACUAUGAAAAAGACAUUGUGGAUUAUAUUCUCCCUAUUAUGACUCAGCCAUAUAAUUUUAAACAGUUUAACUCAAGACUUCCAGAGUGGGAAGAACAAAUUAUAUUUAAUGAAAGCUUUCCCUAUUUGCUUCGGAAUUUUGAUGAGGGUCCUAAAGUUAUCCUGUUCUUUGAGAUUCUUGAUUUCUUAAGCAUGGAUGAAAUUAGGAAUAACUCUGAAGCUAAAACCCAAGAAUGUGGCUUUCGGAAAAUUGCCUGGGCAUUUCUAAAGCUGCUAGGAGCCAAUGGAAAUGCAAAUAUCAAUUCAAAACUUCGCUUACAGCUCUAUUACCCACCAUCUAAGUCUCGGUCUCAGUUAAAUGUCCUUGAGAUUUAUGAGUGGUGGUCAAAAUGUCCAAGAAAUCGUUAUCCAUCAACAUUGUAUGUAACUGUAAGAGGAUUAAAAGUUCCAGAAUGUAUAAAGCCAUCUUACCGUUCUAUGAUGGCUCUUCAGGAGGAAAAAGGUAAACCAGUAUCCUGUGAACAUCAGCAUGAGUCCAGUUCAGUGGAUCUGGAACCUGGAUUAGAAGAUUCAAAGGAAGUAGUAAAGUGGCAACGGCUGCCAGGGCAGGCUUGUCGUAUCCCAAACAAGCACCUCUUUUCAUUAAAUGCAGGAGAAAGAGGAUGUCUUUGUCUUGCUUUCUCCCAUAAUGGAAGAAUAUUAGGAGCAGCCUGUGCCAACCGGGAUGGAUAUCCAAUUAUCUUAUAUGAAAUUCCUUCUGGACGUUUAAUGAGAGAAUUAUGUGGCCAUCUAAAUAUUGUUUAUGAUCUUUGCUGGUCAAAAGAUGAUCGCAAUAUCCUUACCGCAUCAUCUGAUGGCACUGCAAGGAUAUGGAAAAACGAAAUAAAUAAUACAAGUACUUUUAGAGUUUUGCCUCAUCCUUCUUUUGUUUAUACUGCUAAGUUCCAUCCAACUGUAAAAGAACUGGUGGUUACAGGGUGCUAUGAUUCUUUGAUCCGGAUAUGGAAAGUUGAUCAGAAAGAAGAUCCAGCCAUAUUAAUCCGACAGUUUGAUACUCACAAGAGUUUCAUCAACUAUCUCUGUUUUGAUAUCGAAGGUCAUCACAUGUAUUCAGGAGACUGCACAGGGGUGAUUGUUGUUUGGAACACCUAUGUCAAAGUUAAUGAUGUACAAAACUCAGUACUCCACUGGACUGUAAAUAAGGAAAUUAAAGAGUGUGAGUUUAAGGGAAUUCCAAUAAGUUAUUUGGAGGUUCAUCCUAGUGGGAAACGUUUGUUAAUACAUACCAAAGACAGCACUUUGAGAAUUAUGGAUCUCCGACUAUUAGCAGCAAGGAAAUUUGUGGGUGCAGCAAAUUACCGGGAGAAGAUUCAUAGUACUUUGACACCAUGUGGGACUUUUCUCUUUGCUGGAAGUGAGGAUAGCAAAGCAUAUGUCUGGAAUCCAGAAACAGGAGAUCAAGUGGCAGUGUAUGCUGACUUGCCAUUUAAGUCACCCAUUCGAGACAUUUCCUACCAUCCACUUGAAAAUAUGAUUGCAUUUUCUGCAUUUGGGCAGAAUGAGCCAAUCCUUCUGUAUAUUUAUGAUGUCCAUGCUCCCCAGAAAGAGGCUGAAAAGUUCAAACACUGCAAUGAAACAUUUCCUUUACCUGGGAUACACCAGAGUCAAGAUGCAUUAUGUACCAUUCCUAAACUGCCUCACCCAGGAUCUUUUGAGUUUGAUGACUAUCUCCAUACUGAAAAUUCUUCAUUGAGGAUGCAGCAAGUGAAACAAAAGCUCGAUUCUGUCACAGUCAACAAGAAUCUCUCCUUUACUACAUCACCUGGCUCCUUACAACAAUCUAAGUUCAAACAUUCAAACUUGCUGGCUGCUCAUGAAAUUCUACAUCCAUUCAAUUUCACUCAGAAGGGGACUUUUAGCAUAGCAAGAAAAUCUGGUAAUCAUGACAUAGAUACAGCUCCAACGGUAGUGGCUCUUUAUGACUACACAGCGAAUCGAUCAGAUGAACUAACCAUCCAUCGCGGAGACAUUAUCCGAGUGUUUCUCAAAGAUAAUGAAGACUGGUGGUAUGGCAGCAUAGGAAAGGGACAGGAAGGUUAUUUUCCAGCUAAUCAUGUGGCUAGUGAAACACUUUAUCAGGAACUGCCUCCAGAAAUAAAAGAGCGAUCCCCUACUUUAACACCCAAAGAAAAAAACAAAAUAGGAAAGCAUUCUUCUGCUACUCAAAAGCAAUUAAUCAUCAAGGACAAAUCCCAGAAUUUCAGACAGAGGGCAGAAUCUGUGAAAGAUUCUGAAGUGGGUGCAGAACAGUACCAUGAACACAGAGGGCCCAUAGUGAAUAUGCAAGUGGAGAAGAAUGAGCAAACCAGUGAAAAAGUCAUUCAAAUGAAGUAAAGAACCGGAGAUGAAGAAGUCAAUACGCAAAAAUGAAAUGACAAUUUAAAUCAAAUGGAACCUUCCCUUCAAGGUUAAGAAAUUUCAGAUAGGAAGAGGAAAAAAGGAUGCAUCCACUGCUUCUUAUCCUUAUGAGAGAAUUUAGAAAAAAAAAAAUUAAAAGCAAGGUGUAAAUGAAAAUGUUAUAAUAGUCUUCUGAGCUUGUUAUGAAAAUUUGUGAUUAUUGAUAAACACUGUUGGAAAACAAUAAAAAGAAAGCCCUAAUUUUUGAUUCAGCAAAUACAAAGAAAAUGUGGGUUAGGAUUUCCACUAGCAAUCAUUUAAUAAUAUUGUAAUCAUUUCAUAGUAUUGUAUUUAUAAUGUUGUUUAUAUAUAUAUAUGAUAUGCAAUAUUUGCUUCUGAAAUUUGGCAUUAUUUAAAUGUAUGAUGUAUGCUUAAAUUGACCCCUGUAAGAAAAGUAUUAAAAGAGAACAAUUUACUUUUUUGAGAAUUAAAACUUGUGUUUUUA